AUGAGGGCCUUUUUUGUCGUGGGCUCAUUGGUGCUCAGCACUGUGGCUGCGGCGCCAGCAAAUGAUGUCCAAAAGAGAGACCUCCAAACAAUUCAGGGGGCGUUCGUGUCCAUUUCAGUGGCAUCAUCGAACUUGGAUACAGCCAUUAGAGCUUUGACACCCGAUCCCAACAGCGCUUCUGCUCUCGGCCCGGCGAUGAUGGGACUCGAAGGUGCACUUGCACAAGCCCGUACUGAUGUUGCGCCGACCUCGCCGAUCGGAAUCUCUGACGGCAUCGCUCUUCAGAACGCCGCCGAUACUUUGACGAAGAGCGUGAAGAUCAUGGUCAUGUCAGCAAUGCUCCAGCGCCAGACGCUCGACCAGAUCAACAUGACGCCGAUGCUUCUCCAAUCUUUCAUGAACCAGAACAUGUUGUCGGCUGCACUUGGCCAGGUUGUUCUUUCCAAACUUCCUGCGGAGGGGCUCCAAAGCGCUAUGGCCGCAUUUGCCGGAGCUGGGGGCUCAGUUGGAAUGGGAAUUGUAUCGCUAGCCAACCCACCUUUGGCGAUGCCUCCCGGUAUGGGUCCUCCCAUGGGCGGCGCCCCUCCAGCAGCUAUGCCAGCCACUGGGGUCCCUCAGACGGGUUCGCCGCAGACAGGUUCUCCAGGAAACUCCUCCCAGUCUGGCCAGAGAGGCUCCCCUCAGAUGAGCUCACCUCAAACCGGAUCUCAGCCCGCGAGCGGCAGUCAGGGACAGGCGGGUAGCGCAGCGAGUAGUGUGUCGGUGAGCCAGGCUCUGGAGGGCAACGUUGUGGCGCUUUCCUGA